AUGUAUGCUUCAAAGAGUAAUUCUAACAGCCUAUUGAGCAUUAAAAGUUAUAACCCAGACCAUACAUGUGCUGUUCAAAAUGAUAUUAAGAAUGUGAAUGCUGGUUUUCUUGCUAAGUAUUAUCAAGAUGAGUUCAAAUGUGCUGAUGAUUCAUGGAAUAGAAUUCAGUUUCAACAACAAGUGAAGAAGAAAUUUAAUUGUGUCAUAAAGUUGAGGAAAAGCAAUCCAGGAACCACUGCAAAAAUGAAGGUUGAUGGGGAUUUUACAAUCAGUGGAAGGUCAAGGUUUAUGAGGUUAUAUAUUUGUUAUGUAGCAUGUAGAGAGGGAUUUCUAGCUGGUUGUAGGCCUUUCAUUGGGUUGGAUGGGUGCCAUUUAAAGGGAUGUCAAAAGGGAGGCCAAUUACUAACUACAGUUGGUGUUGAUGCCAAUAAUGCAAUGUUUCCAAUUGGAUUUGCCAUUGUGGAAGGGGAACUUAAAGAGACAUGGGCAUGGUUUUUGGAAUUGUUAGACCAAGAUUUGAAUAUUUCAGAAAAUCCUAAUGCUUGGAGUUUUGGACCAUCAUCUCAGACAAGCAAAAAGUUAUUAAUCCAUAAAUUGUGGGCAAUUUGUAGAGCCACUACAGUACCUAAAUACUUGACUAAAAUGGAAGAGUUGAGGAAGCUCAAUCCUAAAGCAACUGAUUGGGUUUCUGCUAGGGAACCACACCAUUACUGCAGGGCUUUCUUUAGCUCUUUUCCCAAUUGUGAUAUUCUUUUAAACAACUUAUGUGAAUCAUGGGAUAGCUCAAUCUUACAGUUCAGGGAUAAUGGAAUUAUGACAAUGUCUGAAAACAUAAGGGUUUACCUAAUGGUGAGGAUGCAACAAAAUAGAGACAACAUGAAGAAACACCCUUUGAAGAUCUUUCCUAAGAUUAUGAAGCUGGUAGAAGAGGCCAAAGACAAGUUCAAUGACUGCACUGCAUAUAGAAGAUGGGAUCUCACAGGUAUCCCUUGCAGCCAUAGCAUUGCAGCUAUUAGGGGGAAAGGUUGCAUUCAUGAAGAAUAUGUUAACAACGGUUACACUGUGGAGUCCUACCUGAGAUCUUAUGAACCUGCUAUAUUACCAGUUACUUCUUCAGAGUUAUGGCACAAGACAGGUCUCCCACCCCAACUGCCACCAAAAUAUAAAGCACAACCAGGAAGGCCAAAAAGAAAAAGAAAAAUGAGACUGGCAGAAUUAGCUACAUAUCAAGCUAGAAACAAGGGAAAAGCAAUUGAGGAAGAAGCAGAUGUAGCAGUAGAAAUAGAAAAGGAAACAGAACUAACCAUGGGAGUAGAAGAAGCAGAGCCAGAAGUAGAACUACAAGAUGUUGUUGUUGAAACUCAAGUGCCACCUUUUGUAUUACAUGAAAUUGACAUGAUGAAUCCUCAACCUAGUCAGAAUGUUGGAAAACAUGAACCUCAAGUAUCAUAUUUCAUUUCAUCACACAUGGAACAACUUCCAACACUAGACAAUGUCAUUAGGAAAGGGGGAAGAUAA